CGAGCAUAACUGACGGUGGCACCAAACAAACAUGGCCGCCAUGCAGCAGUCAGACAUGAGUUCGUCAAACAUGGAUGAAAAAGAAACGAUUGCGGUGGAAAUUGACGGGUGCUCGGCCACUGAUGACGAUGUACAAUCCGAAAAGAAAGAGCUACACACAGAUGACCAAGAAACGGUGGACCCCUUUAAAAAGCCGGAUGUAUUCGCCGCGCCUUCGCUUGCUUGCAAACGCAGCUUGAACGCCGCUGCUCCAUCCAAACUAGGAGCUGAGACGAGAACCGAGAAAGAACACGACGAAGCUCAAGUUGAUGACACUAAUUGUGAAUUAUCAGCAGAUGACAACAAAACGCCAGAAGAUAAACAAAGAGACAUUUCUCUGGUAAAGGUGAAAACAGAAUCUAAGCAGAAAGUGCUCCCAUCCAAGGAACCGCCUGUCCCAUACACAGAGCCGCAGUGGGGUGGCCCGGCACCAGAUGAAGCGUAUGCUCUUGAAAUUCUCAAAAACGGAACCAUAGUGGACAGGGUGCCCUUGACGCACAAAAGUUAUUUUGUGGUUGGACGUUUAUCGGUGUGCGAUGUCUCUCUGCAGCACCCGUCUAUCUCCAGAUACCAUGCUGUCAUCCAGUACCGCCAGCAGCCGGGUGAGACUGAAUCUGUUGGCGAGGAACCAGGCUUCUACAUCCACGACCUAGGCAGCACACACGGUACUGUCGUCAACAAGAAUAAGAUUCCUCCUAAGACAUACAUACGACUCCGUGUUGGACAUGUCCUCAAAUUUGGAGGCAGCACAAGACUUUUCAUCCUACAGGGUCCAGAGUUUGAUGAGGAAGAGGAGUCUGAACUAACAGUGACGGAGCUAAGGGAGCAAGCUAGAAAACAGAGGGCAGAGCUUGAGAAGAGAAUGAUGGGAGACGGUUCAGAUGAAGACGAGCGGGAGGAGAAGGAUAAAGGCGAAAGUGUCAAGAGCAAACUAUCCAGUGAAGAUUCAGGAUGUUCAUGGGGAAUGGCUGAGGAGCCGGUUCCAGAGGAGGAUGAGAAUGAGGAGAACCCCUUUUCAACUGAGUUCCAUGAAGACCAGGAAGCUGCUUACUUAAAGGACCCUAAGAAGGCCUUGCAGGGCUUCUAUGAUAGGGAAGGUGAGGAGCUGGAGAUUGAGUAUGAAGAUAAAAGUCAUGGCACCUGGCUCUGCAGAAUAAAGCUGCCAGUCGACGAUGCCAUGGGCCGGCAGCUUGUUGCUGAGGUGACCCACACAGGGAAGAAGAAAGAAGCAGCAGUCCAGUGCUGUCUGGAAUCCUGCCGGAUGUUGGAAGCCAGAGGACUGCUGCGCCAGGAAGCAGUUUCCCGCAAGCGCAAGAAAAAGAACUGGGAAGAUGAGGACUACUAUGACAGUGAUGACGACACCUUCCUGGAUCGGACAGGCACCGUUGAGAAGAAGAGGCAAGAGAGAAUGAAGAAAGCGGGAAAGAUUGAGGCGCGACCUGAGACCUACGAAUCACUGAUUGCCAAGCUGUCGCAGGUGGAGAAGGAGGUGGCAGAGACACAGAGAAAACUCGGCACCGGUGGGAAAAAUGCCUCCGGGUCUUCCACUGAUGACCCACUGGAUGCUUUCAUGACUGCCGUACGCAGCGAGGCAGCCAUGGAUGCCGUGGAGCGCAGGAAGCUUCACGUGCACGUUGCAGACUUGCGUAAAGACGCCCAACGGCUCCGCAAACUGGUGGAACUCACACGCCCUGCGCAGCUCCCCUCACUGCUCCCCAGCAGUUCUAGCAGCUCAGAGUCCGAGAAACCAAAGAAGGCCUUGCCCCUUUUUGGAGCCAUGAAGGGAGGAAAAAAGUUUAAGCUGAAGACCGGCACCAUUGGAAGGUUGCCUCCGAAACAGCCCAGCUUGCCUCCCGAACUUUUCACCAUGAAAGAACUCCCACCUGGAGGAGAGGAGGAGGACGAAGAAGAGGAAGAGAAGGCUGAAAAAAAGGAGGAUGAAGAAGAUACGAUGUCCCAGUUUACUGCUGAGCCUGAAGAGUCCGGUGACGUCGCAUCCCAAGACACUUCAGGACAGAAAGGAGAUGAAUUACAACUGAAGCCAAAAGAGCAAAGUCGUAAAAAGGGGACAGGAAUGCCAAGUACUGACGCAGACAACCAGUUUCCUUCUCAGAACACCAAACCCAGCCCAGACUCACCAGCUCCUGAAUCCAGAGCCAAGGGUGAUGAGGAGCCUAGUCGGAGAAAGAAAAAGAAAGUGAUGGGUCCCAGCAAGCCGCCGGUGCUGCUCUCAGGCCAAUAUCCGCAAGACGACCCUGAUUACUGUGUAUGGGUGCCACCCGCAGGUCAAACUGGAGAUGGCCGCACCCACCUUAACGACAAGUAUGGCUACUAAAGGAAUAAACAUCCAUCCCUAACAUGAGCAGCACAUAUGACCCAACAUGUAGACAGCUCCGCCAUCACCGAUCUCCCGCUGUCUUAUGCAGCUCGUGUGAGAGCACUUGGAGAGAUUCAACGCUGCACAUUGUAUCAUUAUAUCGUCUGAGGAAGCACAGAGGUCCAGCUGAUAUCAAGGGUUGCCAUGGCACGCCCACGGACCCCACUGACCCCAACACACGACAGUCGGGCUCUGUCCUUUUCACCUUCCAAGCAGAAAAUAGAAAAUGGCAGCACAAGAUCUAACUGAUGUGAAUUCAGCUUCCUCCCCCCCUAGUUUCUGGCUGCUCCUCUUUCACUUCAAACCACCUGACAUCCAAUCUGUAUCCCUCCCCUGUUUGGCUCCACUUGAUCACUGGCAUUACUUUUUUUUUUUUUUUUUUUUUUUUCCCUCCAAAGGAGAGUGUGUAGCGGGGAGGGAGAGCAGUGAAGCAGCUUUUCUGACCAUCUGGACACUUGGAUGGCUUAGUGGAUGAAACGCAAGCUGAUAAUGACUCAAGCUACAGUAAGCAGAGUUGUGUGUCAGCUCACGCACACACAUACACUCAUGGGCCAACCUUCUCAAAGUUCUCUUUUUAACAAGAUUGUCUUUAGAAGCGAGUCAACCAUUGUUGGGCGUUUGAGCAGGAUACCCACUCAGGGCUGCUUAUUUGGGUCGAAUCCAAACUCAUUUUUCACGUUUCUUUUCUGGUCAAGUUUUAAAUUGUAUUUUGUUGUAUAAAUGUGUAAUAAAAUUGUCUGUACACAACGGGCUGGUUUACU